AUGAAUAACUAUCAUAUUUAUGAUGAGAUAGGAAAAGGAAAGUAUUCAGUUGUAUAUAAGGGAAGAAAGAAGAAGACAAUUGAAUAUAUGGCAGUAAAAUCAUUAGAAAAAGGAAGACGUACAAAACUUUUGAAUGAAGUAUGAAUUAAUUUAAAUGAUUCAGGUUAAAAUGUUCUCUGGUCUUAAACAUCCAAAUAUUUUGAAAUUUUAUCAUUGGUAUGAGACACGUAAUCAUCUUUGGGUGAUUUUGGAAUAUUGUCCAGGAGGAGAUUUAAUGGCACUAAUUGAAGCAGAUUAAUAAGGGUUAUAAGAAAACAUAGUGUUAAGAUUUGUAAGGGAUAUGGCAGCAGGAUUAAAUUAUUUGCAUUCUAAGGGCAUAAGUGAGUCAUUUAAAUUUAAUUAUAGUUUAUUGUGAUUUGAGACCAUCUAAUGUUUUAUUUAAUGAAUAUGGAGUAGCUAAAUUAAGUGAUUUAGGAAAUGCAAAACGUUUGGUUGAUAUGAUAUCAGCUACUAUAGGUCCAGAUGUAGAAAUGUCUAAAAGAGGAUCACCUUAUUAUAUGGCUCCAGAAUUAUUUCAUGAAGGUGGAGUUUAUAGUUUUUAAAGUGAUUUAUGGGCUUUGGGAUGUAUUGCAUAUGAAUUAUGUAUUGGAUAACCUCCAUUCUAAUGCAGCAGCUUUACUGAGUUAGUUGAAUUAAUUUUGAAUGCAGAAGUAAAACCAUUAGAAAUCUAAUGUUGGGACUUUAUAAAAGGGUAAUUCUUUAUCAUUUAAUAUUAGAUUAUUAGAGAAAGAUCCUCUAAAAAGAUGGGGUUGGGAAAAAAUCUGUAGAUUUUUAAAUAUUUAAUAUUUGAAUGUACCAUCUCAACCACAUUUUGAAACAUGGUGCAAAAAAAACAAUUUAGUUAGAGUAACUCCUGUUCAAUAGAAUAAUAAAUAAGUUGAUAUUGUAAGAUUAUCCUUGAAUGUUCAUAAGAAUAUGUUAAGAGAAGAUGUACCUAGUAGUUCUUAAUAAUAAUAAUAUCAUAAAUAGAUUAGCAGUAAUGAGAAGGAUUUCAAAUUAACAAAUAAAGAUUAAGAAAUAUUGAUAGGAUCAGAAUAAUAAUAAGAGGAUGAAGAAAUUGAUAAAUAACCUGAAGAAUUCUAAACUAAUGUAUAAUCAGAUUUGAAUUCUAUUAAUUCACCUCAUUUACAAUAGAAACCAUUUACUAUUAAAAAAGAUUCAGUGCAUCCAUCUACUUAAAGUCUUCUUAAUUAAUCACCUAUACCAGGAGGGAUUACACCUCAAUAAAAGAAGGGAAAUGAAAAUGAUCAAUUGAUUCCUAUUGAUUAAUUAUUCACUCAUAGUUCUGAUAAUUCAGUCAAACCUAUUAUUGGAAAUAGAGAAAUUGAAAAAUCAAUUGAUGCUACAUUUACUAAGGAAUCAUUACCUUUUUAAUAUAUAAAUUCAGAUGAUGUUAAUCGAAAUAUUGAUACUGAUUAAAUAGAAUAUCACUUUGAAUAAAUAUACAAUUCGUUAUAAAUAGGAAAAUAAUAGGAGUAAUUAAAUAUUCUAAAUUAUUUUGAAUAAAUUAUAUAGACAUCUAAUGCAGCUAAUCGUUUAAUCAAUUCUGCAUAUGUUUAAUUAUUAUUAAAAUUACUAACAGUUAGUAAAUUAACAUAAUUAAAAUACAGAAUUUGUUGUGUUUUAGGAUUAUUGCUUCGACAUGCUACUGUUAUUGAACCUGAAGUUUCAUAACAUGGAAUACCAGAGGCUAUGGUGGAAAUAUUAAAUUCUAAGGAAUAAAAUAAUGUUAGAAGAAAAGCAGCAGCAGCUUUAGGAGAAUAUUUAUUUUAUGGAGCAACUUAAAUGGAAGAAGAUCCUUAAAAUCCUUAUUGGAAGAUGAGUAAUCUUAGUUUCAAUUAAUUAAUUAAGAUUAUUAAAUCUUAGAAUGAAGAUGAAAUUGGUAUUAAAUUAAUUAAAAUAAAUUAGUGAAAUUUUAUUGUAUAAAAACAAUUGAAAACAUUUCAUCUUAAUCAAUAUCAAUAGGACAAAGAUUUGCUAAAUCAGAAAUAGUUUUAAUGACUCUCCAAUGCUUUUUAACAACUAAAAAUGAUAGUUUAAGAAUAAGUUGUGCAAUUACCUUAGCUAAUUUAUUAAUGUUGGAUAAUUAAUAAGUUGAUGUAUUUAUGUAAAAUCUUGGAUUAAAAAAUUUAGUAUCAGUAUAUAUUAUCAUUUUAAUAAAUCUAGAUAUUUUUAGAUAAUUUACAAAGAGUGUAAUAAGCUAUGAUUACAAUAUUCAAUAUUCAUCUUUUACAAAGUGUAAGCACAUAAGAUUCAUCAAGCAAUAAUGUAUCUUAAUUAGCUUCAAAUGCUGUCAAUAAAUUAUUAAUGGAAGAAUGUAUGAUAAGAUUUCUUAUUAAAAAUUAGCUUAAUUAAUAAAAGGUUUAGUAUAUUUAUUGGAUCAUGGUAAUGCUGUGAGUAGAGGAAAGGCAGCUAUUGCAUUAAUGUUGAUGAUUAAAUUUAAUAUAGUUACACUUAUUAAUCUAUCAGAAGAAUAAUUAAGAUUUUAUUAAAUUUUAGAUAAAGGACUUAGAGAUAAUAAUGAUUAUUUAAAAUAAUGCUUGUAACAUUUAGUAUAAUAAUUAUGUGAUUGUACUCCUAUUAUGAUCACAUAAAUUAAUUAAUCAUUGACUGAUUCAUAAUUGAUGGAAUACUCUCCAAAGAAAACUAAUGGCAAUUAUUUAAAUGUUUUAUUCUAAUACUCAUAAACACCUGUUUUAUAACAAUCAUUAUUCUCAUCUUAAUAUUUACCAAUACUUACAGAAUUAUUAUCAUUAUCUAAAAAUAAAACAUAAAUUCAAACAACAUUAUUAAAUAUUAUGUCUAAAAUGUGUACUAAUUCUAAAAUUUUAAUAAAAUAAUAAUAAGUAAUUAUUUAAUAAGUCCUUAAAAAUUGUAUUGAUUAUAUGGUUAAGUAAUAAAGUACUGAAACUAAAUUUAUGUUUUUGAAAUUGAUUAUAGAUUUAUUAAGUGCUUUAUUAUAGGAAGAAGGAAUAUAUGAUUAUCCUAAUUUCUUAAAACCUUAUUCUAAUGAAUUGAAUAAUAUUAUCAUUACAUUAAUCCUCCCAUUAUUAAAAGAAUUAUUCCAAGAAUAACCUCCUUUACCAUUUUAUGCACUAAAAUUAGCAUCAAUUCUCCUAACUUACAAUUCACUCUUUCUUCCUCAUUUUAAAAGAUAUGAAGUCUUAUAAGCUAUAUUAGAUAUGUAUAAGCCUGAUAGUAAUAAUAUCACAGGUCAUACAUUGAAUAUCAUUCAAAAGAUUGUUGAGGGUAGUUCAAUUGAAGAUCUUAAGCAAUUUUAAAUUAUAGGUAUAAAUUAAAUAUUAAAGUUUAGAUAAAUCAGUAUAAAUAUUUGUCUAAUUUACAAAAUAGAAGUAAGAAUGGGCAUUUGAAGAUCUAUCUUCUAUUAUGGUAGCAAUAACAAGCAAAAUUAUUACUGAAUUAUAACGAGGGAAUAAUAAAAUAGUUGUUAGUCCAGAUAAUACUUUGAUUCCUUAACCUUUCCCAUAAGAAUUCUUAUUUUUUUAAGAUCAAUUUUAUUUCACUCUUUAAUAUGCUUAACAAUUAAUAAACAUAUCAACACCUGGAUGUCAAUUAACAUUGUUAACAUAUAUGUUACAUUUGGCAUAUUUUUAUCCAGGAAAACUAUCAUAAAUAAGGUAGUAAUUAUUUAAUUAAUUAAUCCCAUUACUAUGUCCUUAAUUAAAUAAGAGAAUCAUUAAAUUAUUACAUUGGAUGGUUGUAUUAAAUGAAUAAAAACCAUUUAAAAUAGAAAAGAAAGAUAUCUUAGUAUAAGUUUUGGAAAAAUAUCAAAAAGAUGACAAAUCUAUUGCUAUGGCUGCAAAAGAUUUGAUGAAAUAUCUUCUUUGA